AUGCCUAUUGCCUCCCCUCCCACACCCGCGCCCUCCCCACGUCCCUCGCUGUCAUCCCUGGUCUCUGCGACGCAGACGUGCCCGCGAUACGCGUUCAGCUCGCUGCAGGAGUUUAGUACUCUCGGACCGGCCGAUAGACUGCAAUACCUCCAGGCGAUCCUCGGAGAGUGCAACGCCUCGGAGCUGCUGUUCAUCUCCACCACUAUCGCCCCACUGUUGAAGAGGGAUUUCCUGAGGGACCUGCCUAUAGAGAUCGCGCUGCAUAUUCUCAGCUAUAUUACGGAUGCGAAGACGCUGGCAAGGGCGAGCCAGGUCAGUAAACAUUGGAACAGGCUGCUCGCGGAUGAGUGGAUAUGGAAACGGAUGUGCGACGAGCAUGAUUUUCAGCCGGAGUUGGAUGCGAGGGAUCAUAGAAGAGUACGGGCCCCGAGGAGUGAGAGCUACGAAGAUGAUCUUACGUCUCUGAGAGCGGGUUUGUCAUCAGCGCCGCCUCCGCAUCUAUCCCCGCCGCAGUAUGCGUACCGGAAACACUUCAAGGUUGCCUAUACGACGAUGAAGGCGUGGCGACGUGGCGGACACCUCCUUCGUGCCCAUAGAAUCCCCAUUGCUACCCCGGACAAUGGCGUUGUCACUUCUGUAGCGAUGGACCUCGAGUGGGUCGUCGUCGGCCUGGCGAAUAGCCGGAUCUACGUCUUCAGCGCGAAGACGGGGAUGCUCUCCCGCACGCUCAUCGGGCAUGAGUCGGGCGUGUGGGCAGUGAACCUCGUGAGCCGCGGCGGGCGCUGGGGCGGGCCCGCGGAGAGGGAGAGCGACCCGCGCGGCCGGUGGGAGGGUGAGGAGGAGAGUCGAAGAGACACGGCGGAGGGGAUGGGCGUUGGGGCUGGAGACGGGAUGAGGAGCGGGAGACCAGGCUUGGAUCAGUUCGUGCCACCGAGUUUGAGGAGCGCGUUGGGGCUGGAUAAUGUGAACAGGCCUAGAGACGAUGAAGAGGAGGAGGAGCCGAAGCUCAGUGAUGUGCUCUCGGCGUCGGAGGGAUGGGGGCAGGCGAAUGCGCUUGUGGUCAGUGGAGGCUGUGACAAGGUUGUACGGGUGUGGGAUGCUAAGACUGGAUACUGCAUAUAUGUUCUCCAUGGCCAUACGUCCACUAUCCGCUGCAUCAAGGUGUUGCAUCACCGCCCGAUCGCUGUUUCUGGCUCCCGAGAUUGCACACUGCGUGUCUGGGAUGUCCAACGGGGCAGAAUGCUCAGAGUUCUGCAAGGGCAUCAGCAGAGUGUCCGGUGUUUGGACGUCUAUGGGAAUAAAGUGGUCAGCGGGAGUUACGACUGCACCUGUAGGCUGUGGAAUAUCGAUACAGGUGAAUGCCUGUACGUCCUGCGAGGGCACUACCAUCAGAUAUAUUCGGUUGCCUUUGACGGAGUGAGGAUAGCCUCGGGCGGAUUAGAUACAUCAGUUCGCGUUUGGGAUGCAUCCACUGGUGAAUGCAUCGCACUUCUCCAAGGCCAUACCGCCCUUGUCUGUCAACUGCAGCUCUCGCGCAACCUACUCGCGACAGGCGGCUCCGACGGUCGAGUUAUCACAUUCUCGAUCACACCCCCGACGCCGCCCGCCACGGGCAGCAACCCGACGUUUGCGAUUCAACACCGCAUCAACGCGCACGACUCAUCCGUCACCGCCCUGCAGUUCAACGACAACCUCCUGGUAACGGGCGGCAACGACGGCCGGGUUCGCCUGUUCGAGAUGAAGACGGGCAAGCCCAUCCGCGAGCUGAGUGACCCAUGCGAGUGCGUGUGGAAGGUUGCGUUCAGGAAGGACGUCUGUGCGAUUAUGUGCAAGCGCGCGGGCAAGACCGUCAUGGAGUUCUGGAGCUUUAGACCGAGGGAUAUCGAUGAGUCGUGAUCUCCUGCGUAGACUCUCGCUCUCUUUCAAUAUUUCUCAUCUGCCGGUCACGUCAUCAUAUAAUCACAACUCAUUGCAUUGGGAUGGACAGAUAGCACGCAUUGUACUUUGAUAUCGGUUUGUAUUUCUUGGUUCCUGUAUGAUUGUUUGGGCGCAGGUGCGGCGCUGUAGACGGGAAAUCUGUAGCUCUA